AUGAAUAGAAUACCUCGUUCAAUCAAAGUAGUCGGUGGAUUAGUUGGUGUUACUUUAGGGGGGAUUUAUGCUAUUGAUGCUAGAUCAAGUAUUCAUGAAUAUGUUUUAUGUCCAUUGAUAAGACAUUUCACUGAUGCUGAAGAUGGUCAUAAAUUAGGUAUAACAUUUAUGAAAUAUGGAUUAUCACCAAGAUUAAUGGAUAACAAAAACCCCGAAAACUUGAAAGUCGAUGUUUUUGGAACUACUUUGAAUAAUCCUAUUGGUUUAGCUGCUGGAUUAGAUAAAGAUGGUGAAGCUAUUGAAUCAUUGUUUAAUUGUGGAUUUCAAUAUGUUGAAAUUGGUUCAAUUACUCCUGAACCUCAACCAGGUAAUCCAAAACCCAGAUUCUUCAGAUUACCAAAAGAUGAUGCUGUUAUCAAUAGAUAUGGUUUCAACUCCUCUGGACAUUUUGCUGUUAUUGCCAAUUUGAAAUUAAGAUUAAGUAAAUACUUCACCUCCCAACAUGAUAAUUUUGCUUUGAGAGAUGGAAGAUUAUUAGGGAUUAAUUUAGGUAAAAAUAAAACCGGUGAUGAAGUUGAGGAUUAUGUUAAAGGUGUUCAAAGAUUAGGUCCUUAUGCUGAUGUAUUGGUUAUUAAUGUAUCAUCACCAAAUACCCCUGGAUUAAGAGAUUUACAAAGUGAAGAAAAAUUAACUAACUUAUUAACUACUGUUGUUAAGGAAAGGGAUAUUUUAGGAGUUAAUAAUUUAAAUAAGAAACCUCCAAUUUUAGUUAAAAUUGCUCCUGAUUUAACUGAACCUGAAAUCGAGUCAAUUGCCCAAUCUGCCAAACAAAGUAAAAUUGAUGGAAUUAUCGUUUCGAAUACUACAAUUCAAAGACCUUCUUUAAGAUCUAAAAAUGAUUUAGUUAAUCAAACUGGUGGAUUAUCAGGAACUCCAAUUAAACCUUUUGCUUUGAAAGCUUUAAGAUCUUUAAGAAAAUUUACUAAAGAUUCAAAUAUUGUUUUAAUUGGUUGUGGUGGUAUUUCUUCAGGUAAAGAUGCUUUAGAAUUUGGUAAAGCUGGGGCUACUUUUGUUCAAUUAUAUACUGCUUUUGCUUAUAAAGGACCAGGUUUACCUGCUAAGAUCAGGGAUGAAUUGAGUGAUUUAUUGACCAAAGAAGGUAAGAAUUGGAAGGAUAUCAUUGGAACGGAUGUUUAG